AUGCAGUUUAUUAAAAAUUUGAACUUAAAUAAAAAGAAGGACAGUGAUUCUAGUGAACAGGUGUUAACUAAUAAGAAAAAUAAAAUGAAAUAUGAAGAUUUUAAUUUCAUUCGUACACUUGGAACGGGUUCCUUUGGUAGAGUUAUUCUCGCUACCUAUAAAAACGGAAACUACCCACCAGUAGCCAUUAAACGUUUUGAAAAAUGUAAAAUUAUAAGACAAAAACAAGUGGAUCAUGUUUUUUCAGAGAGAAAAAUAUUAAAUUAUAUAAAUCACCCAUUUUGUGUAAAUUUACAUGGAUCAUUCAAAGAUGACUCUUACUUAUAUUUAGUCCUUGAAUUCGUAAUCGGUGGAGAAUUUUUUACAUUUUUAAGAAGAAACAAAAGAUUUCCUAAUGAUGUUGGAUGUUUUUAUGCAGCUCAGAUUGUUCUAAUUUUUGAAUACUUGCAAAGUUUAAAUAUUGUUUAUAGAGAUUUGAAACCUGAAAAUUUAUUACUUGAUAAAGAUGGAUUUAUAAAAAUGACUGAUUUUGGAUUUGCUAAAAUAGUCGAGACGAGAACUUAUACUUUAUGUGGAACUCCAGAAUAUAUUGCUCCAGAAAUUUUACUGAACGUCGGACAUGGAAAAGCCGCUGACUGGUGGACUUUAGGUAUUUUUAUAUACGAAAUAUUAGUUGGAUGUCCCCCUUUUUAUGCGAAUGAACCCUUAUUAAUUUAUCAGAAAAUAUUAGAAGGUAUAAUAUAUUUCCCUAAAUUUUUAGAUAACAAUUGCAAACAUUUGAUGAAGAAAUUAUUGUCUCACGAUUUAACAAAAAGGUAUGGUAAUUUAAAAAAAGGAGCUCAAAAUGUUAAAGAACACCCAUGGUUUAGUAAUAUUGAUUGGGUAAAUUUGUUGAAUAAAAAUGUUGAGGUUCCAUAUAAACCUAAAUAUAAAAAUAUUUUUGAUUCCUCCAAUUUUGAGAGGGUACAAGAAGAUUUAACUAUAGCUGAUAAAAUAACAAAUGAAAAUGAUCCAUUUUAUGACUGGUAG